GGGAGCUAGAGUAGAAGAUGUUUGGUUUGAAAUCUGCCUUUAUUUGACCUUUCUUUAACAGUUCUUGCAGACAAUCUCAAAGUGGUGUGAAGAAUUUGAGAAAAGGUUUGAAGCCUCGGGAGUAUUAGCAGUCUGGUGAAAGUAGGUCACGAUACACCAAAACUACAAAGUACAAGCAUUUGUACAAGGAAGUGUAAAGAACUGUAAGAUGAGGCUGCCAAAGUCACAAGUUUGCCCGUUUAGCAGUAGCAGUCAUGUCUAGUUUAUCUACAUGUAGAUGGUGAGAAUACACUGAGGUUGCAUUCGCUUGAAUGCAACUUAUUGAUAGGCAACAUGGAUACCGAUUACAGCUGGCUGUUCCCAAAGGGCCGCUUCUCCUAUCAGGCUAAGAUGCUGGAAACGCAGCUUCUCUAUUCCAGAAGCCUUGAUGUGCCUCAGGAGAUGACGGUCUCAUCAUCAAGGAGCCACAAGGAAUUUCCAAAUCACUCCUUGAUGGCGAUAGCUAAGAGAGAGCUGUACCGACUAGCCAACGAUGAAAUGGUAACGUCCCCGAAGCAAACCCUUUCAAGAGACAAGAAUUACGAAUUUCCAAACCCUGACAUUGCACCAGCACCCUUAAUAGCCAGAGAUCAUCAGCUCACCAGUUUGAAGCAAGAUCUAGUGAUGAAGGAGCGAGAGGCAUCUAAGACAUUGCUGACCCUUCAGAAGGAAUCAAUGGAGAGGCUCAAAAUAGAGGGGGAGAAUGGGAAGUUGGGAAAGCAACUGGAGCAGACAUUGGAGCAGAUUGGGCAAUUAAAAUCUAGGCUCCACCUGAAAGAUGAAGAGCUUGCUUCAAAGGAGAGGACUAUUUCGCAGCUGAAUAACUAUCUCCAAGAUACAGCAGACAAACAGACCAAGGCUCGAGGAGUUCUUAAGGACUACAUGGAGGAGCUGAUGGAGCGGGCGGAGACGGCAGAGAGUGAGAUGGAGACCCUGAAGAGGUCUUUCCGAGGAGCAACUCCAGCGCCGAGAUGUUUGCAGAGGGCUUCCUCACAGUCGGAUUGGAAACUGGAUAACGGGGACUAUGAUAGACAUACUGGCAACAAAUAUGAGUAUAACCCUUCCAGCAGACCACACCCAAACGGACUGCAAUCAUCCCGAACAGAUACCUGGCCUUCCCUGCAGAGUCACCAUCCAUCUUCGAAUUCUCCAAGACCCGAGCUUCCUGAAGAGGUACAAAGACAAAAACGGAGCUCUCCAUACAGCGUCCAACCUAACCAACUCGGUAAUCCUUCCUUACAAAGGACCGUCCUCAACACACCAAAAAGUCUUCAUGUGGAUUCUGGUGUGGACUCAUAUAGCACAGGGAACUGUAGAAGUGAUGAUCUAAGAAGAGAGUCACAGACGCGCAAUCUCAUUCCUACCUCGUACAUGAAUGGGAAGUCACCAUCUGAAGAUCCAAGAGAGCAGCUGAGUGGCCAAUUUCAUCUUCCUUUGGAUAAAUUUCGGAGUGGCGUAAGUUUGUCGUCAUCCUUGGUGGAUAUGCCUGGAAGGUAUAGAAGUAGAGACAGUUUAGUUCAUGAGCCGGUUAUUCAGCCGUCAGCGAAUGCCAGUCUACAAGAGUUAAACCCCUCCCACAACAGAAACAGUGGUCCCAUAAGUGACAGACCGUGGGACCUGAAUUUCCUGAAUGGCGUCAUGGCAGAUGUGCUGGAAAAGCGAGAGUUUCAGAACCAUCCGCCAGUGAACAAGUCCAACAGAGGAACCAUUGAAAGGGGCCAAUCAAAUAGCGGCUUCCUUCACGCCAGCCAAUUGCGUUCUUCGGCUCAAGGAUACAAAUCAAUGGAGGAUGCUCAUUGGUCAAGUAGUGAUUAUGAUGAGGAUGAGGAGACAGAGUUAGAUUCUGAGGUUGACCAAUCAACGAUGAGGAAAACCAGGCAAUCGGAAAGUUUUGACUUCAGUACGAUCACGCCAGAACAGCGUCACCGUAUGAAGACGGUUUGGCUGUGCGUUUUCAAUCAUCUUAACACAGAGACACUCCUUAUCUGUGCGCAAGUGUGUCGCGAUUGGAGAACACUCACAAAACAUCCCUCGUUGUGGCGGACAGUACGACUCUCAAACCAGAAAAUUUCAUCCAAGUUCUUGCAGACAAUCUCAAAGUGGUGUGAAGAAUUGGAGAACUUGUAUCUGGAAGGUUUGAAGCCUCGGAGUAAACAGUCUGGUGAAAGUAGGGCACGAUACACCAAGACCACAAGGGGUAGUCUGGAGCCGGGAUUGGAGUACAUAUUUCUGACUGCGGGAACCAAACUACGGACUCUCAAGAUAGUGGACUGUUCAAACAUUCUUACUGAAAGAAGCCUUUUUCUUGCUAGUUGCUACUGCCGUAGUCUCUACAGUUUGACCUUCAUCAGCCAGACUGACCCCAUAGGUCAUGAAGUCAUAUGGGCCCUGGGAGCAGGGUGCAGGAACAUUGCUUCCCUUAAGAUACCGCCCCGUCAGCCAUGUCAACAACAACAACGUCUUAGCAACCACUGCCUGCAGAUGAUUGGACGUUGCUGGCCGCUGCUUUUAGCGCUGAGUGUCGGGGGCAGGAGUAUCGAUGAGCAUGGACUUGUCUCUAUUGCACGGAACUGCCCAAGGUUGCAAGUUCUAGAAUUGGACCAUCUGCCAGAGGUCACAGAGGUCAUCGCCAUAGCAAUGUGUCAAGCUGGACUACGUGGGUUACAUACUCUGAUCCUAAGAAACACUUUAAUCUCCCCUGCUGCAAUCCUACAAUUCAACGGUGCCUGCCCUCAACUCAAGGCAAUCUCAGUGUAUUUAAAUCCAAACUGUUGCCAUGGUGACAACCGUGAAUUCCACAACGUGGUUGCACAACUCCGGACACUGACCAAGAAGCGUGUUCUAAGCGAUGUUCUCCAUGUGUUUGCUAAGUAUAACUGAGGACCAGGAGUGUGAUUUUCAGGAAGGUCGCCGAUAACAGGUUUUUCCGUUGAUAUAUCUCAGCUUUCAGAUGUUGUUGAAAGAAGCUUCACCUGUCCGUGGUUUAGUAUGACGGGAUGGUUCCAAGCAUGUAAGGUGAAAAAAACUUUGUUUUUAGUUGGUGCUUUUUAGCAGCCACUUGUUAUGACCAAACUUUCAUAUAUUUAUGUUGAAAUAAUGCAGAGAGUCUGUAAAUCUCUCAAACAUGUCAAAUGUAAUGUCCUGUAAAUUCUGAGAGAUUCAUUUCCACACCGAGAAGAAAUAGUAAAUCUUCACGAUUUGCAUACAGCUGUGAAGAUGUUUUUUGCUAGAAAUGAUCUAAACCAUUUGUUUCGAGUCCACAAAGCUCUAGUUUACAGAAGUUUGUCCAUAUUAUAGUCGGUGCUUUGUAGUUUAACCACAGAAUAUAAUAGUUUUCUAUGCAGGAAUUUAUGUUCACUUGCGUGGUCUUGUUUUUGUUUUUACACUGUUGAUGUAUGAAUUGUGUAUUUUAUUUUCAAAUAACUUUGUUGAUGAAUAUUUAAGUCAAUAUUUUAGAUAUUAAAAAAAUAGUCUUAUUUAUAAAAUACUACCUUGUUGGGACAUAUAUUAAUCAAAAUUAUUUAAAAUCAUUCCUGCCAAUGUACGAUUUUUGCAAGAAUAUAUAAAUGUAUGAUCAAAUUGAUUUAUAUUAAUAAGAGAAUGAACAACUAUCAAAAAUUAUAUAUUUAAAAGAUUUAAUUUGUAUAUGUUGCACAUAGUAACAAUUUUCUUGAAGUGUACACAGUUGAAUGGAUUUAUAUUUUUGUGUUCCGAUUACUUUAAAACAUAUUUUGUGGUUUUAAUUUAUGUUGUACCCCAUAAGUUAACUCUCCUUUUCGACUAAAAAAUGUAUAAAAAUCUAAUCUUACAAAACUGUCAUUAAAUUAACCCAUCCGUGGGGUUCGAUGUAUUUAAUCAGCAUCUCAAAAUAGGGUGGCCAAUGGUCAACAUGCUAUAAUUAUGAACAACAAAUAGGCCAUCCAAAUUGCCCGAGUAGCACUAAUAAAUUGGUAUAAGUGACAAUAAGAAACUCAUCUGAAGUUAACAUAAACCUUGUUUUACAUUCUGAGAAGAUGUUAGUUAUUUCGUUGGCUGCACCUACAGUCCUCUGAUAAUAAAGUCUAACUCGAUGCUUCCAUAAA